GAGGCGCGUGUCCCAGUCGGGCGCAGAGGUCACGGCGCCAAUGACAGCGGCGCUGCGGAAUGAAUGGGAACGAGGAGCACGUGCGCCGAGGCCAGGGGCCCGGGGUCGCCCUGGAGUGGGACACCGGGGUAGCGGGCUUCCCUGGUGGGACCGAGCUGUGUGUUCGCUUGAGAUGCCGUGUUUUAGUCUUCUGAAGAGUUUAACGUCUGCCUUUCCAAGUGUAUAUACUAUGUCACGGUUUCAUCACAUGACACCAGCAGUGUGCUGUUGUAGUAAAACACAGAGUGGUGAGAAAUACACCGAUCCCUUUAAACUUGGUUGGAGGGACUUGAAAGGUCUGUAUGAGGACAUUAGAAAGGAACUGCUCAUAUCUACAACAGAACUUAAGGAAAUGUCUGAGUACUACUUUGAUGGAAAAGGAAAAGCCUUUCGACCAAUUAUUGUGGUGCUAAUGGCCCGAGCGUGUAAUAGUCAUUAUAAUAACUCCCGAGAUAUGCAAGCCAGCCAGCGCUCCGUAGCCUUAAUUGCAGAAAUGAUCCACACUGCUAGUCUGGUUCACGACGAUGUUAUUGAUGAUGCAAGUUCUCGAAGAGGAAAACACACAGUUAAUAAGAUCUGGGGUGAGAAGAAGGCUGUUCUUGCUGGAGAUUUAAUUCUUUCUGCAGCAUCUAUAGCUCUGGCACGGAUUGGAAACACAACUGUUAUAUCUAUUUUAACCCAAGUUAUUGAAGAUUUGGUGCGUGGUGAAUUUCUUCAGCUAGGGUCAAAAGAAAAUGAGAAUGAAAGAUUUGCCCACUAUCUUGAAAAGACCUUCAAGAAGACUGCAAGUCUGAUAGCCAACAGUUGUAAAGCAGUCUCUGUCCUAGGAUGCCCUGACCCAAUGGUGCAUGAGAUUGCCUAUCAAUAUGGAAAAAAUGUGGGAAUAGCUUUUCAGCUCAUCGAUGAUGUAUUGGAUUUCACCUCUUGUUCUGAUCAGAUGGGCAAACCAACAUCUGCUGAUCUGAAACUUGGGUUGGCCACUGGCCCAGUCUUGUUUGCUUGUCAGCAGUUCCCAGAAAUGAAUGCAAUGAUAAUGAGACGGUUCAGUUUGCCAGGAGAUGUGGACAGAGCUCGACAGUACGUAUUACAGAGUGAUGGUGUGCAACAAACAACCUACCUCGCCCAGCGGUACUGCCAUGAAGCAGUAAGAGAGAUCAGUAAACUUCGACCAUCCCCAGAAAGAGAUGCCCUCAUUCAACUUUCAGAAAUUGUGCUUACAAGAGAUAAAUGACAACUCUUUCUGUUCUACCUGGCAGCUAUUUUACCAGACUGUGCCUAAAGAAUUUUGUGGAAUAUACUUUGUUUGCUUCAUAUGCAAAUAACCAAAAAUCAUUUUAAAAAAUAAUUCUGAUCUUAUUGAUGGGUAUUUUUUUUUAUUGGCAGUUUUUCAGAAAUCUUUUUAAAUGUAAUUAACUUAACUGCCUGAAUCUGUCAUAGAGUCCUUUAAAUUCUAACUGAGGUAUCUUGAUGGUUAUUUGUGGUAUUGUUUACACUGUUAUUAUCCACAUGUGAAGCCAUUACACAAAUAAAUAAUCAAUGUUAAAAUUCAAA